UUAUGACCGCUAUUUGCCACUGUAUGAUGCAAUAGUACAAGGCCAACUGAUUACUGCGAAAGGAAUUAUUGAAAAGGAUUCUAGAGCGCUGACUGCUUUCAUCUCAGACAUGAAAGACACUGUUCUCCAUGUGGCAAUAAAAGCGGUCACUCUAUUGCAUUUAUACAGUAUCUAAUAGAAAAAUUGCCAGCUGAUGCACUAGAAAUAAAGAAUUAUAAUGGUAGCACGUACCUUCACCAUGCUGCUAUUUGUGGCAACAAAGAAGUUGCUAUGCUUCUGGUGGAAAAGAAUCCAAAAUUAACUCAAGCAACAAACGAUCAUAACCAGGUGCCACUCUGUGACGCUGCUCAAUAUGGCCAUAAAGAAACUGUCAGUUUUCUUCUAUCAGCGACGAAGGAUGAGUAUCCAAGUCCUUUUGCUGGUGAAAGUGGUGUCCAACUUGUCCGUUACCUGAUAAUUGCUGAUUUUUACGACAUUGCAAUUGAUGUAUUGAACCGCUAUCCUGCAUUAGCACGUGAAGGCCAAGGAGGUUCAACUGCUUUAUAUGCAUUGACGGAAAAAUCUAAAGUAUUUGCAAAUGGAAGCCGGCUUGGAUAUUGUGGGACCCUAUUGUAUCAUUUUUGUCCUGACUUUGUAGGUUUUUAUGCGAAUAGAGAAACUGUUCCUGGAGAUGGAGAUAUUGAGAAUCAAAAAGGGAGAAUAAGAGAAAACAAUAAAGAACUGAAGCAAUUUCAAUUUCUACACCGCAUACAAAAUACUGUAUUGAUGAAUAAGCAAGCCAAGGAACUACUGAAACUCUUGAUUUCUGAAGUUAGAAAAGCAGGUGUAAAACAAGCUGAUAAAAUAUUAGGACCGGCAUCUCGGAGAGCUGCUAGAUCGGGUAAUCAAGAAUUUGUUAUAGAGGUUAUUAAAGCCUACCCUCAAGUACUUUGGCUUAGCAAUAAAGACGAUGGGCUUACAAUCUUUCAUCUUGCCGUUCAAUACCGCCAAGAAAGAAUCUUUAAUCUGUUAUAUCAAAUGGGUACGCAUAAGCAUUUUCUUACAGCAUUGCACGAUAAAUCAGACAACAACAUGUUGCAUUUAGCGGGGGAGUUGCAGCCUUCAACCAGAAUUUCUGGUGCUGCUUUUCAAAUGCAAAGAGAACUGCAAUGGUUUAAGGAAGUGGAGAACGUUGUCCAGCCAUCAUACAAAGAAGAGAAAAAUAAAGAAGAUAAAACUCCAAGAGAGGUGUUCACUGAGAAGCACAAGGAUCUGGUUGAGAGAGGCGAGAAAUGGAUGAAGGGAACAGCAACAUCAUGUGCAACUGUUGCUGCACUUGUUCUUACUGUAGUUUUUGCAGCAGCUUUUACUGUUCCAGGUGGCAACAGUGAUAAAGGGAUUCCCAUUUACUUAAGCCAAAAAUCUUUUAUGAGUUACGCUAUUUCAGAUGUCUUAGCCCUUUUCUGUUCAAUUACUUCACUGCUAAUAUUUCUUGGAAUGAUCACAUCCCGAUAUGCAGAAGAAGAUUUUUUUAAAGCCUUGCCUAUGAGAUUGAUCGCUGGUCUUAUAACCUUAUGUUUCUCAAUAGGUUUCAUGUUAGGUGUCUUCGGUGAUGCUUUUCUCUUGGAAUUGUCUCAUAAAGUCCAGUGGAUUGCAGCUCUAAUUGCAGCUGUAAUUUGUAUUACCAACUUAUUUGUACCUAUGCGGUUUCCUCUGUUGGGUGAAAUUGUCUAUUCAACAUUUGGGCCUAGCAUUUUUGGCAAACAAAGCGAAGAAGUGGUCUUUUAGCCAUAGAUUUUUUAUUCAAUUGUAGCGAUUUUUCAUUCAAAGACUUGUAAUAAGAACAAGAUUUGUAAGUGGGGAUGAUAUGGAAAUAAAUUUGCCUCUCUAUAAUAACCAAAAGCUGAUAGCUUUGGUUAAGGCUA